UGCUCCUUGUGCUUUUUGUGGCUGAGGAUGCACUAAACUGUGUCCUCCCUUCCAUUGGGUUCUCCGGUGAGAUGAGGGAGCUCAAUCCCACUGUGGAUACACAAAGCCAGGCAGCAUCACUGGGUGGUGCCUCACCUCCUAGAACCAUGAUCCAAGGCACAACCUCUAUGAGCACACAAGAGAGAAGAGGUUCACCCCCCUUGCUACCUCCACAACUGAAUAGUGUUAUCUGUCUCUUAGGCCUUGCCCAUGCUGCCACCAUAAUAUCUGAGUGCCUCCCAGACUAAUAGAUUGCCAUAGCGAGGUCCCUACUUGACCUCAUGGAGUCUUCUGCUCUCCUCCCUGCUCAGGUAUCGGGCAGCACCAGCCGUGAGUCUCCCAGGGCUCUCUUUAUUUCACCGGGCACCAUCAUGUCGUGCUUCACGCAGCUAUGGCAUUCCAACACGGCAGAGUCUCCCACCAGCCCAGUCCCUGCAUCUCCAAAUGAAAUCCCCAUCCCCAUCAGCCCCAUUGUUGUCACCUCCCCAGGAGAUGGCAAGAGGAAGGCUCGAUCCCCAACCGACAAACCUGGCUCUCCGAACCCAACGUCUCCAAAGCCAACCUCCCCUGUUGAGUGUUCCAUUUGCUUCAACACCUAUGACAACACCUUCAAGACACCCAAACUGCUCCAGUGCUCCCAUGUUUUCUGCCUGGAAUGUGUGGCCCGCCUGAGCACGGGGUUGCCCCCAAACCAACCAGAGGACCAGCUCCCCUGCCCCUUCUGCAGGCAGUUGACCAGCAUCCCUCUGGAAGGUGCCCCAGCAUUGGAGACCAGCAAGGAGCUCCUUGCCACGCUGCCUCCUGAGCUCCAGCAGGAGAAGGUGCUGUGGAUGGAAGGGACCAAGCUCUGCUGCCGUCAGCCAUCCGAUGACCCUGAGAAUCCAGACUCGUGUGUCUCCAUUGAUGUUGCCAUGAGCAAGCCAGAAAGCUCAGAGGCCCCUCCAACAGGGUUAGCUGGGAGGUUGUCCCGCUGCGACAUGUGUGACGACUGGAAACGCAUAGUGCUCCUCUCUGCCUUGAUCAUCAUCCUGUUCUGCAUCAUUCUGUGGCCAGUCCAGUGUGCCCUGAAGACAGGGAACCUCCGCUGCUUCACAAGGACUGUUGCCAUUAGCAGGCCAGAGUAUCUUCCCUCCAAACACACCACGGCAGCGACACCAGUGACACAACUCCCUUUCUAGUAGCAGCAAAGCAGUUCCUCACUCCCAUCUAGCAGCACAUCAUGGAGGCAGGAAUAGGGCUGCUGCUCCAACAGCAUUCCUUGGUCCUGGAAGACCUCGUGGCCUGCUCUAUGUUGAACACAUGCGUUCACCUUCAGGAGCUCUACUGAAAUACAUCCCUGCCAAGCUGUCGCCAGCCCAGGAAUGCUCCAAGGAGCUGCUGCAGCAUCCUGCUGCCAAAAUCCCCAUGGAAAGUAGAGCUCUGAAGGUUUCUGGGACUGUUCGCCCUGUGCACCAUCCUGACCGGAUACCAGAUGACAGGGGGUGCAGUUCCUCUAACUCCCUCAGGGAAUAAAGGGCUAUUUCUGCAAACUGAAGGAUCUACAUGAUUAUUCCUAAGAGGAGCUGGGAUUGGGAGGGUAAAGACAUGUCCAAGGCAUAUAAACAGAUGAAAAUCAUCCUUAUGCCACACGCUUGAAACGUUUCCCUUGUGUUAUUCCAUGUUGGAGGUGUAAAUGCUGCCUCCUGCUGACCAAACAUGGAUCUGCCACCGCUACCCGCCACCUCAGUUGUGUUACCAUCCUAAUGAGCUUGGGAAUGGAACAGAGUGCCCAUUCUACUCGGUUUUCCUUAAGAAGAUGCUUAAAAAUCACUCAUUCCUACCUGGAAAGCAACUCUGAACACAGUGGGGGGAGUUUUUAGGCACCCUGACAUAGCAGAACAACUCUCCCCUCAAGUUAAUUCAUCAGCAAACUUCAUUCAUGCUUCUCACAGGCAAACUGUUGCCAAAAUGACAAAAGCUUUACCCUCCUAAUCAUCAAAUGUGUCAGUAUUAAGACACAGGCCAGUUGCUUACACUAUAUUUGUAUUUAACGCAGUGAUCUGACAGUGAUUAAAGUCUUCAUGAUGAAGGCAACUUAUGAUUAAAUGUUUUCUAUUCCAACACAUGGAUGUAAGACAGUAUUGUAUGCAAGUACCAUACAUGUAUGUAUUAAAUUAUAUUUUAUACAAUGCAAGGUGUCAAUUUGCGGCAAUUACUCCACAUUUCCCUUCUUACUUGCAGUUGGAGGUGGUCACGUAGGAGCCCUGAGUCCAGCUGCGUUCCCAGAUCAUGGAGCUACACAGCAAGUGGCAUGUCUGUGCCAAUGUUGUAUAAUCCAGCUUUAUCCUGUAAAUUCACACUUACCAUCUCCAUGGUGUUGUCCCAGGUUCCACAUCCCUCUGUGCUUACCUGAUUUCGACCUGGAAAAUGAGAAGCUGCAAAAGACUGCUCAUGUUCUGCUUCCUCCCAGCUGGGGGAAAGAUGCUUCCAGUCUCCCUUCCCAGGAAAUCUAAUUUGGAGCAGAAAAGGCUGAAGCAACAGCAGAAGUAGCUCAAGUCUGUUGCUAUGCAAACCCUCGGUGGGAAGCUGGAUCUGCACCACCUUUGUUGUUCAGCUACAGGCUGGUAUUACUGUGUCUGCAGACGCUACUCCAGGCACCGUCACAGCUUCUGCCAAAGGCAUUGGGCUUGACAGGGAUUCUCGCUUGGAUCCUCCUGUCCAUUGCCACUGAAAGGAUGCUUCACAGCACCAAUUUAUGCGUGUUCUUGGCAAAAAGGGGCUCAAGGAAGAGAAGGCACUUCCAAUUUCCCCAGGUCCAUUUGAUACCAAGCCCAGCAAACAGACACUAAAGAGAUGAAAUGCUUUGUCACUGCAUCUUUGUACCAUUCAACUCCCACUGAUGAGGCAGAGGAGAGGGAAAUAACAUCUCCAGCCUCCUAAAAUCUAUUGUUAUGGUGGUAAAUAGGCCACAGAGAUGUUCUCACAGUACAAUGUUCCUAGUAGUUUGUCACAGCAUCUUUAUGGAUGUCCCUUUCCAUUUCCCCUUCUCCCCAUGUACUUGGAAACCGAAGUUGAAGGUUUAUCUAACAGGCAGCUGAACCUCUCCCUCGUGCAUAGUCAAAAGGAAGAGUCAAAACAAGUGAAAGACAAGUGAAAAACAAGUGAAAACAGGGCCCUCAAUAGCAGCAUUUGGUGAUGGGAGAUAUCAGAAUGCCCCACUGUCCACAUCAACUGUCAGUCACUUUCCCAAAGAAGAAAAAAGCCUUGAGAAUAUUCAACAUUUAUUAAAAGUGCAAUAAAAAGAAACAGUUCUCCUGCCCCUGUGACAAGGGAGCAGAAAGACCAGCCAGGAAAUACAGCCAAGGUAUGUCAUUGUGCUUUGCUUCAACACUUGGAGCCGACACUCCAGGCACUAACACCCCAACCAAGCAGCAAGUCCAUCCAGCUCCAGACCCAGGAGGACAUCAACACAUGCUCUGGAGGUUCAGGCACCAGCGCUCAGCCCCAAGGCCCCCCACAGCACUGGAUGCUGAUGAAUCCUGCGGGAAGGGGUUCUUUGGCAGGACUUUUUGCUGGCUUUAGGGCUGGAACAGCAGGAAGCACUGGCAGUCGCAAGUCAAGACUUACCAGCAAGAGCUGGAAUACUCUGCUCUGUAACACACAUCUUCAUGGCACUGGUCAAGUCACAAACACUCCUACAACACCCCUACUCAGCAGACACAACACUUGCCUUGUCAUAUAGUUGAAGGAGGGGGAAAAAGAGCUCAUGCAGCAAGGUAAUGCAGAGCUGCAUCAAGCUUAGAGGGGCCCAGCUCAACAGGUUCAGCUCAGAUUAGCACCCUAGGCUGUUACUCACUAGGGGUGGCUAACAGCACAGCACACAGCCAAAGCUGCUUUCCUACUCUUCAGCACCCUUCAGCUAGGUGGGAUUUCACAUUCAGACCCCUUCAAGGAUGGAGAUGCUCAUCUCUGCCUCUCAGCUCUGCUAUGAAACCCACAUGCAGAGCAGCUUGUGGGCUCUCAGGCACACACACACGUGCAUCUGCUGUGCUACAGCAGCACAGCAGGGACUGCUCGGUGUGCUUUGGCAGGGUUGCAUAGACAUCUACAACUGGUACAGCCAAAAGGAAGUGUGAGAAGCAGAAUCCACAGAGAUGCAAAUACCUGGGGCCAGGCAGCACGCUCUGUUUCUCUCCCUUUCUCACAGGCAGCAAAGUUACUCCAGGAUUUAGUCUAGAAACACUUCUAAGCCUAGAAAUGAUUGACCUAAUGAAGACAUUGAAGUGUACUAAUGUUUUACUAACGCCCUAAGUGGGCAACCCUGGGAAAGCUCCUAAGCAAAUAGUCGUUUCCAUUCCUUUGAACAUUUUGUGUGUAAAAAAUAAGAAUCUUAAAUUAAAAAACAAAUAAUUAAAA